CUGUUCACACUGGUGAAAGCAGCCGACAAUCCGUGCAAGUUAUUAGGGGCUUCUGACAUCCCUCAGCUCACAAAAGAUGGAGAAGUGACAAUUGGGGGCAUCUUCUCCUUUCACAACAGCUGGGAGGAGAUGAUGCCACCAUUCACAUCAAGACCAGAGAAACCAAAAUGCAAGAGUUUGAGCCUUAGAGAAUUUCAAAAUGCACAGACAAUGGUGUUUGCCAUUGAAGAGAUUAACAACAGAGCUGAUAUUCUUCCUGGUGUAAGCUUGGGUUACAGAAUCUAUGAUUCAUGUGGAUCCAUAGAAAUGGCUCUUAAAGCAUCCCUGUCAUUAGUUAAUGGGGAAAAUGCCUCUCAGUCACCCUGUCAGAGACCUAACACAGUCCAAGCAAUCAUUGCAGAAACAUCCUCUACACCAACUAUUGCCAUCUCUGCCACUGUUGGACCUCUGCAUAUACCUGUGAUAAGUCAUUUUGCAACGUGUGCCUGCCUUAGUGACAGAAAGAAACACUCAUCCUUCUUCAGGACUGUUCCCAGUGACUACUACCAGAGCAGAGCACUGGCAAAACUGGUCAAGAAUUUUGGCUGGACCUGGGUGGGGGCUCUCUGCAGUGAUAAUGACUAUGGAAACAAUGGCAUGAACACUUUUAUCAAAGCUGCCACAGAAUUUGGAGUUUGUGUUGAAUAUUCAGAAGCAUUCUUUAGGACUGAUCACAGGGAGAAAAUUUUGAGAAUCUUGGACAUUAUAAAGAGUUCAAGCUCUAAAGUGAUUGUGGCCUUUGUAUCCUACUCAGACAUGGAGAUUCUUCUGAGAGAAAUAGCCCAACAGAAUAUUACUGGGCUACAGUGGAUAGGUAGUGAGUCCUGGAUUUCUGAUACAAACAUUGCUACUGGUAAAUGGCAAGACAUUCUUAAAGGGUCCAUGGGCUUUGCCAUACCAAAAGCUGAAAUAAAAGGACUUGGGGAAUUUCUGACCAAACUUAACCCAGCUUCUGGCAUAGAUCUAUAUAAAGAGUUGUGGGAAACAAUAUUUCAAUGUAAACUUUCCCCAGAAAAUGCUGUAGGGGUAAACAUGUGCAAAGGCAAUGAAAGUAUAAUCAAUGUGCAGAACCAGUACACAGAUGUCACAGAAUUACAAAUUGCCAAUAAUGUUUACAAGGCUGUGUAUGCUGUCGCUCAUGCACUGAACAGCACAAUCAGCUGUUCAGAACUGGACACAAACCAAGGAAGUACAAGUAAAUGCUUGGAAAAACUUAAUACGCGGCAGGUACUUAAUGCCUUGAGGGAAGUAAGAUUCUUAACUGGAACUGGUGAAAAGGUGUACUUUGAUAAAAGUGGAGAUCCGGCAGCGAGGUAUGACCUCUUAAACUGGCAGCAGGGGGAGGAUGGGACAACAGAGUUUGUUAAAGUGGGUUUCUAUGACGCCUCUUUACAGCCAGAAUCUCAGCUUUCAUUUAACAACAUCAGCAUAGUAUGGGCCCUAAAUACAAAACAGGUGCCUGUGUCUGUAUGCAGUGAGAGUUGUCCCUCGGGCACUUGGAAGGCUGUGAAAAAAGGAAAACCUAUCUGCUGUUAUGACUGUAUACCAUGUGCAGAAGGAGAAAUAAGUAAUGAGACAGAUACGGUGGCUUGUCUCAAGUGCCCUCAAGAAUUUUGGCCCAACGAACGGCGAGAUACAUGUGUCCCGAAACUUGUGGAAUUCCUGUCAUUUGAAGAUGUGAUGGGAAUUAUUCUAGUAGUGUUUUCUUUGUUGGGUGUGUCUUUUACAUUGGGUAUUGUUGUAGUUUUCUUUGUUCAUAGGGACACCCCCCUUGUAAAAGCCAACAACUCAGAAUUGAGCUUCCUGCUGCUCUUCUCACUGACUUUGUGUUUUUUAUGUUCACUUACUUUCAUUGGUCGGCCCACUGAGUGGUCCUGCAUGUUGCGUCACACAGCAUUUGGGAUUACUUUUGUCCUCUGUAUCUCCUGUGUGCUGGGUAAAACAAUAGUGGUGUUAAUGGCCUUCAGGGCUACACUUCCAGGAAGUAAUGUCAUGAAAUGGUUUGGGCCCUUGCAGCAAAGACUCGGUGUUCUUGCUUUCACCUUAUUACAAGUCUUAAUUUGUGUGCUUUGGUUAACAAAAUCCCCUCCUUUCCCAUACAUGAACAAUAACCUUUACCAAGAGAAAAUCAUUCUAGAAUGUAAUUUAGGAUCAGUUUUUGGUUUCUGGGCUGUGCUGGGUUAUAUUGGCCUACUUGCUCUUUUGUGUUUUAUUUUGGCUUUUUUGGCACGUAAAUUGCCAGAUAAUUUCAAUGAAGCUAAAUUCAUCACAUUUAGCAUGCUCAUAUUCUGUGCUGUUUGGAUCACAUUUAUUCCAGCUUAUGUUAGUUCUCCUGGAAAAUUAACUGUGGCUGUAGAGAUAUUUGCAAUUUUAGCAUCGAGUUUUGGUUUCCUAUUCUGCAUAUUUGCCCCUAAAUGUUACAUAAUUUUAUUGAGGCCAGAGCAAAACACAAAAAAGCACAUGAUGGGCAAGUCAUAA